GAUGAGCAAACAAUUGCUCUUGUAGCAAAGCAGGUGCCAUGGAAUGAUAAAUUUAUUGUUGUGGUAUCAGCAACAAUUAAAGCAUAAAAGCUGCUGCAUUUAAAUGUAUAUAUCCUGUUUUAUCUGCAUAUGUUUAAUAGGUAAGAAAUGUUGAGAAUUGUGUAGAACUUGAUAUUUACCACCCUCAUUACAAUAAUGAUAAGGAGAUGAACAUGAUGGAUAGUAUUAAGCAGGAGCAAUAUACUAGAAUUAGGUUAAAAAAAUCAUACAGAAGCUUACUAUUCCUUAGAGAUUGAGUGCAUA